AUGGCGGAUUUACCGGGAUCUUCACUUGUAGAACAGCUUCUACACCUCCGUAGUGAGGCCUCUCACCCAGAAUCUGCUCACCACCUCUCCGCUCUACUAUCCUCACACACCGGUUCUUGGCCCAUCCGUCACCUAAUCCCAACAUUUCAGGACAUCUACAAGUCUCUUCCCGAAUCCCUCAAGGCCAGUAACAAUGAAACAAUUGCCCGCCUCUGUGCACAAGUCAAAGCAGCUACGCCAAACGUUGCACAAUUAAUAUGGACAGACUCCCGCCCUGGCCUAAUUGAUGCUAAUACCGGACGACAUCUGACACACAUUGCCAUCCAGCAGUUUUUGCAGAGUUUCCAAAUUCCAGUGGGACCUUCCCACAAUGGAAAGCCUCGCAUUGCUGUCGUAUUGCCCAACGGGCCUCUCAUGGCAAUUGCUGUUCUUGCCUUUGUGAACAGGUACACCAUUGUGCCCAUGACAACGAACACGGUGCCAGAGCAGCUGCACAUAGAUAUAGAAAACGCAAAAGCUGAUGCUGUUGUCGCGCUGGACGCUGACAUUGGCAAGUUACAGCUGGACAACGGUAGUCGGCCAGUUUUUGGUAUUGAGCAACUUGAAGACAUGACUUUCCAGGUAGUCUCUGCACGAAACGCUUCUGGUGCAUAUGAUACUCCCCCCAAUUCUGGGGACGACAUUGCCAUUAUCCUAUUCACCAGUGGUACCAGUGGUACUAAGAAGCUCGUUCCUAUCACAACUUACAACCUCAUCGCGGGUACCAUGGCUACCAUAGAGUCAGUGGAACUGUCCGAGACAGACACAUGCCUUAAUAUGAUGCCACUGAACCAUGUUGGAGGUAUUAUGCGCAGUAUUUUCUCCCCCAUCCUCGCUGGGGGUGCCACAAUAUGCUGCCCCUCGUUUGACCCCAGCAUGUUCUGGGAUGCCGUGCAAAACCCUCAUAUGACACCAACUUGGUACUACGCCACGCCCACAAUGCAUCAAAUGAUUCUUGCCGAAGCCGAGCACCGUCCAGAUGCCGUUAAACAAAGUGCCAUCCAGUUUAUCUGUAAUGCUGGUGGUGGCCUUCCUCCAACGCUUGCCGUCCAGCUUCAUGAUACUUUCCACUGUGUCGUCCUUCCUAGUUAUGGUAUGACUGAAUGUAUGCCAAUUGCUGCGCCACCCAGGGACUAUAAUCUUGAUCGUCAUGGAACAUCGGGACGAAUAGUUGGUCCUGAGGUUGCAAUUCUGACCGAGAGUGGCAAGUCUGUCCCGCAAGAUGGGAUGCUCGGACAUAUCUGCAUUCGUGGAUCACCCGCUUUCGAGGGAUAUCUGACCGCCGAGGGCAAGAUUGAUACCAGCGCAUUCAACGAAUCUGGCUGGUUUGAUACUGGUGAUCUUGGACAUCUCGAUGCUGAUAAAUACCUUUACAUCACUGGCCGCAGCAAGGAGGUCAUCAACCGUGGCGGCGAAAUUAUCUCUCCUGUCGAAGUGGAAAACGCAGUGCUGACCACGGCCAAGGAUCCCGAAUCCCCACUGUAUGGUCGUAUCACCGAGACAUUGGCCUUUUCUGUCCCAGACGAGGUGCUACAGGAAGUUGUCGGUGUGGUUAUCGUCACACCUCCGGGCAUCACCAAGCCAGAUCUUCGCCAGAUACACGAAGCAUUGCAGCCUAUCAUCCAUCAGCCUAAGUGGCCCGCUUUGGUAGUAUACAUGGACGGUGUACCCAAAGCAAACAACAAGAUUCAACGCAUUAAACUCGCAGAGCGGUUGUCCUUGGAGACAUUAACUUUGAACACACCCCUGGCAAACCGGCACUACGAAGCUGUGUGCCCACCCAUUGGCGCUCCACUCAGCGCGUUGAUCCCGAAGACAGCGGUUGUGAUCGAUGAUCAAAUCAUUCGCUCGGUUCUUACCAAGAAAGCAAAUACCCCCGAGGUGCAUGUGCAAAUAAACCCGCGCGACGGGCUCGCGCAGGCUGUUUUGUUUGUCCAGAAUCCAGAUGAGGACCAUGUGAUACCCAGCGAGCUCCACGACCAGCUCGAUGGCUACCUCGUACCUAGCCGUAUCAUUCCCCUCAAAGGUCCCAUGCCUGUCGAUUUCUACGGAAACCCUGACCAAGCUACUAUCAACCAGGCCAUCCAUGCCCGUAACUCGGAUGGUGACCUGUCUCCUAUUCAGCACCGUGUGCGUCAGAUCUUCGCUGCCGCUUUAUCUUGUGCACCAGAGGAGGUUUCUGCUAGUACCGACUUUUUUGCUGCUGGAGGUGAUAGCCUUAGUGCUGGUCGUAUGGUUUCGCAACUUCGUCGUGAAUUCAAUAUUUUCCUGGCCGGUGACAUUCUCUUCCACAACAGCACCAUUGGAGAGAUAGAGCACAAGGUCAUUGAAGCCGUCGAGGUUAAGGCCGCCAAGGGUGAUGACGGGGAAGUUGAAUUGCCCGGGUGCGAGAAGACAUACAGCAGCACAAACCCAAUUAUCUUGGUCCUGCAUCUGUUCCCAACUGUGUUCUUUUUCCCUAUGAAGCGUGCAUUCCAGUGGAUAGUUUUCGCAUACGUCGUGGCCGAGUGCUCAACUCGAUUUCCCAUUCGUGAUCAUCUCAUCGGUCGUUUGGUCCUAGUUGUUUUCGCCGUGAUGUCCGCUCGUUUAUGUUCACAAAUUAUCUCUCCUAUUUUUGCUAUCUCCUUCAAGUGGCUCGUCAUCGGUCGCUACAAGGAGGGCAUGUCCCCCAUGUGGGGCCCGUACCACACACGCUGGUGGUUGACCCAGAAGGUAUUACAGGUGUGUGGAAAGGGUGUCUUCAACAACUACAAUUGGUCGCGCAUCCUCUUUUACCGUCUACUCGGCGCAAAGAUUGGAAAGAAUGUCACCAUAUCCGCAUCCGCUAAGAUUGGUGAGUAUGAUCUGAUUGAGAUCGGUGACAAUGUCGCUUUGGAUACCUGCCUGUGUCGCCCCUUCGGUGUGGAGCGCAACACCUCUAUGCUUUUGAAGCGCAUUCGCAUUGGCAAGGACUCGUCUGUCGGCAUCAAGUCUAUCAUCGCUCCUGGUGCCGAUAUCCCUGAGAAUACCUGCAUUGGUCCCAACUCGUCAAGCUGGGAACUCCAGGAUGCCGAUGAGUCUAACCGCCAAUUACUAACCUCUCAGAUUCCUCAGCCUCACUGGUUUUGGAUUCUUUUUAUUGUUGAGCCAAUCAAAUUACUCACCUGGAUGGCGGCUCGUGUUACUUGGAUGGGUGGUCUUAUCCCUAUGGUUCUCGAGUUCCCUGCUCCCGCGGCCGAUAUGUUCCAGUCUACCCUAAAUUGGUAUACCAGUGAUCAACGUAUUGCAUUCCACAUUACCGCAAGAAUCUGUCGUUCUGUUGGUGGCCCCAUUGUUCUCUUCAUUGCGAUCUUGAUCAUCAAGUUCUUCCUCGAUCUCAUCUGUGGCAAGCCCAAGCCCGGUCCUGCUUCCAAACAGACCACUCUCCAAAAGGUGCGAAGUGCUGUGCUUGCCCAGAUUCUACCCGCAGGUGACAUCCACGAACUCACCCGCCUUACCGGUCGUCACUACGAAUUUGUCUCGAUGGCAGUCCGUGCCCUUGGUGGCAAGGUUGGCAAGCACGUCUACUGGCCCAGUGUUGGUCCCGUCACUGUCGACUUUGAUCUCAUUGAAGUUGGUAAUGAUGUUGUCUUUGGCUCUCGCUCGACUCUGGUUACAUCUGAUGGCUACGGUCGUGACCGCAUCGUGAUUGGUGAUGGCACUAUGGUUGGGGAUCGUGUUGUCGCUUUACCUGGUGCUACCAUCGGCCGUCAAGCCAUGAUCGGUUCUGGGGCUUUGCUCCGCCGUAAUGGUGACUAUCCUGCCAACACUGUUUGGACUGGUAGCAAGGGUGGUGAAGCUAUACAGUUCCCAAGUUCUACUUCCACCUCGACCUCGACUGCCCCAACCAUCGUCGGAGACGGUAGCAGCAGCCCCAGUAGCGAUAGCGAAGACGAGAAAACAAUCAACGAGAAGCAGAGCAAUUUCGGCAGUAAUAACAAGCCGGCUAUCAAGAUCGCUGAGAAUGACACAGAUACUUGCAAGCCUUUCGGUCGCGCCUUCUACCGCCACGAGGCCAACUACUACGUCCUCCGCAUGUGGCAAAUUGUCAUCUACUCUGUUUUUUCAGUUAUUGUCACUACUGUCUAUUGGCUCCUUACAGUCUUGUUUUCCCUUUUUAUUCUCCGUACUAUCCUAAACUACAGUGAUGCAGUUGGUUUUAAGCAAGGUACCGCCUGGCGUCCAUUCGCUCUGUACGGUAUUCUCGCCUCGAUCCUAUCUGUCAUCACCACUGCUCAAGUUUUCCUGGCCUUUGGAAUUAUUGUCUGCGUCAAAUGGAUGGUCGUCGGUCGCCGCAAAGAAGGCGCUUAUCACUGGGACAAGAGCAGCUACAAUCAACGAUGGCAAUUCCUCCUUUCCUGUGAGACGCUGAUCAAAGACUGCUGUGAUGGAGUUGGUCUCCUUCCCAUGAUUUCCGGCUCCGCCUACAUUUCCUGGUACUAUCGCCUCUUGGGCGCAAACAUUGGAAAGGACUGUGCGAUCCAUGCCAACGGUAGUCCCAGCAUCUUCUUCACCGAGCCGGACCUCCUCACUCUUGGUGACCGUGUUGCUGUCGACGAUGCCAGCUUGGUCUGCCACUUGAACUCACGUGGUGGAUUCGAGCUGCACACCUUGAAAGUCGGGGAUCGGAGUAUCCUGCGCGCUGGAUCGCGUUUGAUGUCCGGUGCUUCGAUGGGCCAGGAUGCUUGUCUUUUAGAACACACUCUGGUCCUAUCAGGUGACCAUGUCGAGAAUGGGGAUACGCUCCAGGGAUGGCCUGCUGAGGGUUUUGAAGGGAAACGUGUUUAG